AUUUACUUCCUUUCACACCUCGACAAUUUUAAAAGUCCACGGGUAAGGUGUCAAAAAGGUCCUUAUAUUUGGGUACCGUACAUGUCAAACUUCACACUUACCGUUCCUUCUUCCUUAGCAAUGGCCAGCACCAAACACGUCUUGCUCUUCCCGUUCCCGGCCCAAGGCCACCUCGGGGCGUUCAUGUCCCUCGCCGAACUCCUCCACCGCGCCAUCCCGUCCGCCGCCGUAACUCUGGUCUCCCCCCCUCGAAACGUCGCUGCCCUCUCCGCCACGGCGCCGCCAUGGCUUGCGUUCCACUCGCUCCCCUUCAACCCAGCCGACCACGGCCUGCCGACCCACGCCGAGUCCGCCGACGCCCUCCCCGUCGGGUUCCCCUUGGUCACCCUCUUCGAAGCUUUCGAGGCUCUGCAGCCCGCCUUCGACGGCUACGUGGCCAGCAUGGCCAAGGACGACUCCGUCGUCUCCAUCGUCUCCGACCUGUUCGUCGCGUGGGCCGCCAGCGUCGCGCGGAGGAACGGGUGCUCCCACGCCUUCUUCGCCUCGUGUGGCGCGUUCGGCACGGCCAUCCUGCGCUCACUGUGGGAGAACGUGCCGCUCUCGGUCACCCCCACCGGGCACGUACCCGUGCCCGGGUUCCCCGGCAAGAUCUUCCACAAGACGCAGGUAUCCGAGGUCAUGCUCCGUGCGGACGGCGAGGACCGGGCGUCGGCUUUCUGUCACCGGCAGAUAGCUCACAGCCACGCGACGGACGGGGUGCUCAUCAACACCGUGGAGGAGUUCGAGCCAACGGGGCUGGACUUGCUACGGAGCAGCCUGCGCGUCCCGGUUUGGCCCAUCGGGCCUCUCAUCCGCGUCGCCGGCGCAAGACCGGCCGCCUCCGCCGACAAAGUGCACGACGGCAUGGUAAGCUGGCUGGACACGCAGCCGCCGGCCUCGGUGCUCUACGUGUCGUUCGGGUCCCAGAACUCCAUCCGGCAGGCGCAGAUGGCGGUGCUGGCAAUGGCGCUGGAACACGCCGGACGGCCGUUCAUCUGGGCUAUCCGGCCGCCUGUGGGGCUCGCCGUCGCGGCGAGCGAGUGGCUGCCGGAAGGAUUCGAGAAGAGAGCGCGCGACGAGAACAGAGGGCUCGUCAUCCGUGGAUGGGCUCCGCAGGUGACUAUCCUCGCCCAUCGCUCCACGGGCGCGUUCCUCUCGCACUGCGGGUGGAACUCGGUGCUGGAGAGCCUUGUGCACGGCGUGCCGCUCCUCGGAUGGCCGCUCGCCGCCGACCAGUUCUACAACGUGGAGAUGUUGGAGAAGGAGUGCGGCGUGUGCGUGGAGGUGGCGAGGGGGAGCACGGAGGACGCGGCGCCGCCUGAGAUUGACAGGGUGGCGGAGCUGGUCGAGACGGUGACGGGGCAGACGUCCAAGGCGGCGGAGAUGCGGAGACGGAUGAAGUGCAUCGGCGAGUUGAUGAGAGGCGCAGCUACAGACGACGUUGGGUCAUCGAAGAAGGCGCUCGAGAGCUUCCUGGGAGCAACGAGGAUGCAUUGAAGAUGGCAUGGGUGGGGAACAUGGGCUCACAUGACAAAGGGCAAUGUUAGACUUACGUCCAAUCAUUCUACACCUACUUCCGGUCAAUUACGUAAACUUCCUCCCCUUAUUUCUAAUCAAAACUCGCCAACUGGCCAAUCCUCCAUAAAUCAUACAGUAGUACUGUAGUAAUCGUCAACUGGUGCCGAAAAUGCCUGUUGGGACAGGAGGACACACUAGGAUGGAAACGAAACCGCACCUACCCCUCUUGAUAAAUGAAGUUUUUUAAAUUGUGUCCA